AUGGACCAGUUUGGAGAAGAUUGGUCGGUGGAAUUUUUGGAUCCGGACCCGCCUCCGGGUGUGGAUUCCGCUGAAUGGUCUGUUGAGCAUUUAGAUAAUCCUCAAUCCUUCCCGGCCGAACCGUUAGAAGAAGAGACGCCGGGUUGGUUUGAAAGUUUUAUCACAAAACACGAGCUACAGGAUGAAGAUAUGCCGGAUGCGAACUGCGGAAGUCUACUGCUAGACCGACACGAGCCACUGGACGAAGAAAUGCCGGAAGCUACGAGUAACGAUUCCGGUGUUCUGAACAUCGGAAGAUUCUUAGGCAAUUCCAACAACGAGACGCCGUCCCAUUCAGCUGAUUUUGUUAUUUCAUCCGUCGGCGUUGAUGGUGUACCCCAACUUGACCAGGUGAAUGGGUUAGGCAAUUCAGUGUCCACCGGAAUCGCCUCGCCAACCUCGAGCACGCAAGAGACCGCGAGAAUCUUGACUUCGUCGUGGUUCUCAAAUCCGGCCUUCUUGAAUGACGCGGUGUCCAGCGAUGGCAGUUGCGCGACCCGGCCGACUUCGAGGACGCAAGAGACCGUGAUAAUCUUAACUACGAUUAUUUGGUUUCUUGCAAGUGGACUAAAUUGCUUGCCGAGAAGGUAGCUUAACCUCACGCCAAGAAGUUUAUUAUUUAAACUCAUGGCCAAUUUGUGGGCAUUGUUCACAAACAGCGCAGUAAUACUCAAACCACCCUCAAACUGGUGCAUCUUUCCAUCAACCUCUGCAACCUACACGAAUGUUUCCUCGGCAAGAUUUACCUAGUGCAUGGCCGCAAUCGGACGCGGACGUGGACCGUCUGCGUGAGUUAAGAAUUUGAACUUCUUGCAUUCUUCUCACAUGUUGAUAAACAAAUGUAAAUGUUAGUAAACAAAUCUCCCUCCUCUCACUACAACAAGAGUGACCGCGUUCACUCACACACUAACCAAUUCUCAUAUACAGUGAUGCUUAAUGCUAGUAUUGGCCACCAGAUCGAGCUACUAGCUAACCUUUUUCCAUUUUUUUGUGAUUGAUGGAUUUUCGUUAAAUUUGUUCAAUGAUUUACGUCUGUUUGUCUGUGGGAAAAGUUAAUUAGUCUU